CGCAAAGAACUCUGGGCAGGAAAGUGCGCCAUUUGCAGAGAGUAUUCAUGCUUCCGGUAAUGCUUUCGCUAAAAUGUGUAGCAUCUACUUCUUAUGAUGGGGUGUUGCGCCUCCGGAAACGAAGUAACUGAUUUGAGGCAAAGUCCAACGAUCUCGCAAAUGGCUGCUGAAGACUACGCUGUUGGAGUAGCAGGAGGAAGAAGCUGCACCGAUAUACCCUUCCUUCUUCUGUUUUUGGCUUUUAUUGGAGGAAUGGGGUAUGUGAGCUACAUCGGGAUACAAGAGGGCGACCCCUACCGCCUCAUCAACGGCUACGACAGUUGGGGAAACGUGUGCGGGCGGCCUAACAAGAAGAUUGCUAACGUGGUUUACUCAGGACUAGACAUGACAACGCGACCAAAUACCUUUUUCCAAGACGAAGCAUACUUCUUCAAGAAGUUCCUACCCUCUUUCCCUGCUGACACGUUCCGUAUAAAUCUGCCCCCUUCACUGGCCAACUGGAAACUGGGUGACCCCCUAACAUCAACGAACCCCAUCGUUUGUGUGGUCGAAUGUCCAACAACCGAGCUAGUUACUUCCUCCAGUAUAGAAUAUCUGUGUACAUACGACAAUGGGACUUGUCCAUCAUUGCCUGUGCUCCCUCACAAGACGCUCCUGAACCGAUGUGUGCCAUCCUCUUUUUCCGUCAUGAUAGAAGCCGUCACAUCAAGUAUUAAAACAGCCAUAUCAGGAGAAGUCCCGCAGAGAGUUUUUACAGAUAUUCAAAAUACAUGGCGAGAGCAGUUGUAUCUGGCAGGAAUAUCCUUCGGUAUCGCCCUUAUCAUCGUCGUACUGCUCAGGUUCCUGGCGGCGAUUGUCGUCUGGACAGUAAUCAUCUUAAUGCUGCUUGUGUUUUUCGCAGCAGCCGGAUACUGCUGGUAUUUGUUCUACAAUCUGCACACAGAUCUCCAAGAAAAGGUGGUCAAAACGACGGCAAUGCAGGCGAAGGUCGAUACCUGGAUGGUGUAUGCCUCUGUUGCAUCUGUGAUUGCGAUCAUUGUAUUUCUCCUGGUAAUUUUCCUAUGGAAGAGAAUCAAACUGGUAGUGCAGCUGUUUAAAGAAGCAGGAUCGGUCUUUGAAAGCAUCCCUCUUCUGUUGAUACAACCUGUCUCGACUUUGAUCAUUCUUCUGUCUGUGGUUGGAGCACUGGUCUUCAUUGGGCUCUACAUAGAGACGGCAGGAGAGCCUGUCAUAGACGCCCAGACUACUUUUGUGAAGUAUGAGCUGAAUGAUAUGAUGCAGUAUCUACGAUGGUACCACUUCUUUGGCGUGCUGUGGAUGUCUGCCUUUGUUGUAGCUUGUCAAGAUCUCAUCAUAGCAGGGGCAGUGUCUGUGUGGUAUUUUUCAAGUGACAAAUCGCAACUUGGAUGCCCAAUAUGUCGAUCCAUAUACAAUCUAAUAAGGUAUCACCUGGGUACAGUCGCCUUUGGAUCCCUCAUCUUAGCAAUAAUAAGGAUCGUCAGAUUCAUCCUGUCCAGGAUUCAAAAGAGGCUUCAUAAGAAGAGUGGCAAGCUUGUGGACUUCUUCCUGAAGAUGCUACAGUGUUGUCUCUACUGCUUUGAGAAUUUCAUCAAGUAUCUCAACAGAAAUGCUUACAUUAUGACAGCAUCCCAUGGGUACAAUUUCUUUACUGGCGCCAAGAAGGCCUUCAUGAUACUGCUAGCCAAUAUUCUGAGAGUAGCAGCCAUCAACUCCAUCGGUAACUUCGUUCUCUUCCUGGCCAAGAUCGGGUGUGUGGCAGUCACGGUGCUAGUUGGCAACGAAUUCUUCAAAAUGCGAGAUGAUAUAAACUACGUCUGGGCCCCCUUGACUGCUGCUGGUGCUGUGGCCUUUGCCAUCGCUCAUUGCUUCAUGCUCGUCUAUGAGAUCACCAUGGACACAAUCUUCCUGUGUUUCUGUGAAGACUGUGAAGAGAAUGAUGGCGUCACCAAACCCUACUUCAUGUCCAAGAAUCUCAUGCUAUUUGUUAACAAUGUAAACAAGGAUGCUGAAAACAGAGAAGCAAAGAAGAACAAAACCAAACGAGACACAGAUUAAGAGAACACAAAAGCAUCUUUAAAAGACAACACCACAUGAUUACUUUUACUUAAAUGCUUAUCAUCAUUGAGUAUGUCAUUCAACCAUGGAAUCCCCAUAGGUUCCAAUCUCUUUACUGUUGCAGGUAGCACACCUCCAACUCAGCUUAUGAGUGUCAGAUCAGAUUGCCCAACCAGAAUGAAAAUGAAUUGGCCUCAUUUUGUUACGGCCUCAAUUAGGAAAUUUAGAUUUAUACAAGGGGAAAGCCACACAGACCUCAAAUGUUCAUUCACUGCUAUUCCCUUUUCAGUGCACAUGCCACAGCAUCAGAAAUGAUAGGAUGUAUGAAUAUCCACAUAAUCAACAUCAAUAUCAAGCACCACUAUAUUUGUUGUUUUAGUUCGUUUUGAGAUGAAAUCAGACGUGCUGGUUUGAAUGUUUUGCUCACUUGUACCAGUGAUUUAGAACCACAACGCGAAUUGACUGAUGAAAAAGUUCACCUCACAGAGGUGUCAUCCUGAGAGGUAUUGUAUCAGAGUAAAAUAUCUGCUUUUAAUGAGAUUGUAUAGGUUAGUUUAUAAAUGCUUCAAAUGGGUAAUAGCCUGUUUAUAGGAUGCAUUGGAAAACUAAAUUCAUCAGGAUUCCAGGCUAGAAUAGGGCCCCACUACCCCAUGAUUGUUACGAGAACCUCCUAACAUGUGGAUCAGGUGGUCACAAUGUCGGAUCUGGUUGAUUAUAGAUCUUCAUAUAAGAUGUCUUGUUUGAAUCAGAGUUGAUUAUAUGCAGACUGUAACGAUAUUGAAGGAAUAUGCUGUAAUAUGUGGACUGCAGUGUAAAAUAACUCGCCUUGGAACACUGAUAUUGUUUCCUGAGCCGACAGUUUAAGGAUUUGACUCCUCUCAGCCAAAAGCAAAUCAGAAAAUCAAAUUGAACUAGUUAAACUUUUUCUUAUUUACCAACCCCUCCAUCACACACGGAAGAGAAAAAUAAAAAGAUACAUGUAUAACAAUAAAACCAUCAAGAAUUAACAUGUUUAAUAACAACAGAUCAAAUGCAUAGUACAUGUAGCCUCUGCCAUUGUUCACCUUCUUAGAAGUAUAAAAUGGACAAAUAUGCCCAUCUUAAUUUAUACUACCAUGUUAACUGUAUGUUCUGAGAUUUGACAUUGAAGUAUAAAAUAAAAGAAUAUGCCAAUCUGAAUUCUUACUGCCAUUUUAACUCUAUGUUUUGAGAUUUGACAGUGUACAUUGUUGUAUGUAAUAUUAAAUGUAAUUUCAAAUGUUCAUAAUAAAGUGCAUAUUUUGUAUGUAACCUGUUACAAAUGUGUUGUGUAGACCUGUUUGUAAAGGCAGACAUGUUUGACUACGAUGGAGGAUGGGCAGAAGAAGAAAAAACAUGUCUGAUGACACAAGAAUAGCCUUCACAGUCUGCUUCAAAAGUUGACACUACUAUCCAAAAACUUGUCACUUGACAUAAUUUCAGGUGGAGCUUACUGUUGAUGUACUAGUGGCUCAAGUCACAGAUGGACUUCACAGCUUUAACCACAGGACCAUGUAACUAAUAAAAACAUUAAAAACAACUUGCAAAAAAAAUCAUAGAGCCUCGUCUGCGAGGUUUUUUUGUUACUACCGCAUUCGACGUAAAAUCUCAAAAUUAGAAAUAGGGGGCUCUUAUUAAAAUAUUA